AUGCGCUGGCACCCAGGCUCUCAAAUAUGUCUCCUACUACUGAUGCACGCCGUCGGAAAUGUAGCGGGACUCAACUUCACUCAAUGCCUGAUUGACAUUGUGGCGAAUGCGAAUGCUACCCAGAAUUUAGCUGGUCUACUCAAUGGCAACGGAGAUCCCGUGUCUAAUGCUUUUGAUGCGACAUCGAUAACCUACGCGCUGUGCACCUCUGCCUGUGGGAAGGGACAGGAACCUUUUCAGUGGUUCGUCUUUUCGCAGGAUCUUGGUGCAUGGUUAUUGCCAAACCUUGCACUGAUUUCGCAGCUCCCCUUUGGGGCGCGGUACAGGCCUGAUAAUUUCAUGUCUGCUGCGUUAACCGUCGGCUCACCGGUACUUGCCGGUUACUCUCUAUUCAUGACCCUCCUCAAUUCUAUCUGGAUCAAACGCAAAUUUGACACAUUGAAGAAAUCUCCGAAGACUAGCAACUCAAAAUACGCAGUCUCUAUCUUGAGCAGCCUUCAGCAAGUCCCGCUAAGACUCGAUCCCGAUCUUGUCAAAUCCCUCAUCGUCCUUCCUGAAAACGACUGCUGGUUGAAAUGUCUCUCGGAAUUCGUGGACUACACACACACAUGGUCAUUUGCGUCCGCGGCCGCCAUUAUCUGGGUCGUUGUCGCAUUUAUCAUAAGUGUGAUCAACACACCAGUGGAACUUUUUGUAAGUGCUGAAGCUGACGGCACCGCCACUGGUUCCCUGUGGCUGUGGUUGAUUCCAAUAGUCGUUGGAUGGCUGCAGCUCUCCCCCAAAUGCGAUUUUUAUCGCUUAGAAGAGGCUUAUGACCGUGCCAACAACCAACAUACACACACAGGAUGUGCUUAUAUGGGAACGCCAAUUACGUCCACCCCAAAAGCUUUAACAAUAACUGCUGAGGACAACGAUGUGUCAUCUCCAGAUGAACUCCUUACCCCUCCGGUGUUUAAUUACUCCCGUUCGUUUCGAUGGGCAUCUACAGCCCACAUGAUGUUCCUGGAGUUCGAAGCAGCAUCAAAGGAGGAGGCUCGGAACUCCACUCGUGUCAGUUUUCCCAUCCCCAUCCCCAUCCCCAUCCCCAUCCCCAUCCAACAAACCGAGUCUUCCGGGACCACCGAAACCCUCUACCACACCUAUCCACCCAGGUCCUCCGGGGAGAUCCCCCGUGAUGCACAAUGCAGCCGUUGGGCGCCUUACGUGUGGGUAAGAGUGGUCGCUGCUUCGUGUGUAUCGCUUGCAUUACAAUGGGGAACAACUGGAGCAGCGUUUAUGACGGCUUGGUUCACGCCUACUACACGCAUUGGGUGUCGAUCUAUGAGUUACCUCAUCUACGGGGGCGUGUCGACCUUGAUUUGGAUUAUGCUUCUGGCGUCUAGUGUUCUCGCCCACUACAGUGUACAACCACCAUUCCAUGACACGUACCCCGCAAGUAAUUCCUAUCAGGCGCUCUCCUCGAAUCGCCAACAGAAGCGGUUGCCUGCAGGGCGUGAUUUGGCUCGGAAGAUAUCAAACUUGCUGCGAUGGGCAGGCAAAGCGUUGGCCAUUGCAAACUCCAUCUGGGUGGUGCUGGCGUGUAUUUUCGUAUAUUCCAACUUCUACGAUACAUGCUUCUGCAAUGGUAGCGUGUUCAGUAGAGGAGAGGCCGCAUACUCUGUCAUCAUUGAAUCUGCAGCUCAAGCUACACAAAUGAGGACUGCCUCGAUCAUUGCUUUUGUUAUAGCAUGUGCCUCGUCCGGUUUGUUCAUUGUGAUCGUGAAUCUAUAUAGAUAUACACGACCACGUCUGUAGGAACGUUUCUUGCAAGCUCAUACCUACAUAUGUGGGUUUGAUACCCAUUUUUCUUGGACUAUUUGAUCUGUUGUACAUAGUUUCUUAUCUGUUUGUUGAAUGUUC